CGGCGCGGGUUCCUGAUUUCUCUAGCUCGCCGAGGCGCCGACGAAGGCCUGCACCCUGCAGCAAAGCCAGCCACUACCGCAGCGAAGGCCCCGGCGACGGCAUAGACUACCUACCUUCCUACGCCCGCGCGGCCGCCUCUGUCGCUGCACCCGCCCCGCAACUCGCCAGCGGUGAUUCGGUCGAGCCGAACAUGUCGGCGUCCGAUAUGCCCGACGAGCUGUGGGCGCGCGUCCUGGAGCUCGGCGCCGCCUCCGCCGCGCUGGGGUUCCGCGACCUCUGCUGCCUCGCCAUCGCCUCGCGCCGCCUCCGCCGCCUCUCCCUCCACCCCUCCCUCUGGUCGGCGCUCCUCUCCCGCGACUUCCCCUCCCAAUCCCAGCCUUCCUCCUCUUCGCAGCAGCAGCAGCCCGAUCCCAAAUCCCUCUACAGGACCAAGUUCGAGAGGCACAAGCUGCGGAUGGCGGAGGCGAGGCGGCGGGCGGUGUACGAGGCGGAGGGGCGGGUGGUGGCGUGCCGGAGGCGUCUCACGGAGCUGGAGGAGUCGAUGUGCGCCGAGGGGGAUAGGAUGAAGGCCACCGCGCAGGAGCUGGACAGCCUCGAGAGGGUCAGAAGAGCUUCGGUGGCAUUAAACGUGUGGCAACCACAAGUUGUUCAUGGGCGUCAGAAACAGUUGGUUCAGCAAUGCACUGUUCCUGUUGAUUCUCGUCUUAGUGCUCUACACAUGGAGCUGAAAGUUUGUAAGCAACAAAUAGCAACUUACAAGAAUGCUUACAACAAGGAGAAGCUCAAGUUGAAUGAGUAUGAGGAAGCAUUGAGACGAGUUAAAUAUCAUCCUAUGCAGAAUAGUAGUGAUACAAGCGCAUCUGGUAAUGAGCCACAAGCAAAGCGGAAGAGACUGAAGUAAGACCCAUUGUUCACCAUCGGAUCUUCAUUUGCCUCAAGAUAAAGGCAUCCGCAGUGCAGCAAGUGUCAAGAUAUUCGUUUCGGGGAAAAGAGUCCAAAUGCACUGUGGAUUCUUCGUCGGUUCAUUUGUUUGGGCAUGUGUGCGCACAUGAUGUAGUACGUGGCAUUGUUCCUUUCCAGGCAGAAUGAACGAAUGAAGCUCGACUGAUCCCUUCCAAUUGCCGAAAGAAUCUUAUCCUUUUCUUUUGGCGGCAAAAAGGCUAUUUCCCCACCAAUUGCUGCCGAAAGAAUGUUAUUCCCAUCGAAUGUGUACCGUGCAGCCGCCAGCUACUCCGUGUGGACGCCAGCUAUUUUCAGAGCAGAAUAGUCCGGCCCUGGUGCUUGCCCGUCACGAAAUUGUGGGCGGUCGACUAUUCUAUCUACAGAAGAAGGACGACUGGUCCGAUUGGAUUUCUUCAGCUGACCGUUGGUUUCUAGAGAGCGUGCUGUAUGAAACUGUUGGCUCGGUGCUCUUCAUGUUGCCUUGCGUUUCGGGUUUGGAGAUGUGUGUUAAGUACUCCCUCUGUUUCUAAAUAUAAGUCUUUUUAGAGAUUUUACUAAGGACUACAUGCGGAGCAAAAUGGAUGAAUCUACACUCUAAAACAUGUCUAUAUACAUCUGUAUGUAGUUUGUAUUGAAAUCCUAUAAAGACUUAUAUUUAGGAAUGGAGGUGGUAUAACUCAUUCAUUUGUAUCCUAGUACUAAGCGGUCAGCUACUCUUAAAAGCAUCCUCGUCCAUGACGAGUGAUGAGCAGCCUCUGUAAACCUUUUGUGACUCUUAAUUUGGAUUUUUGACUUAAGAUUCAUCAUUCA